UUGUUGAUGCUGUACUUAAUAGGACUAGGGUUAGGCGACGUUACAGACAUUACAGUCAAAGGAUUGGAAACUGUCAGAAAAUGCGACAAAGUAUUUCUCGAAGCUUACACAUCCUUGCUCCUUAAUUCAGAGUUGGACACUUUAGAGAAGUAUUACGAUAAAGAGAUUACGAUCGCCGACAGAGAAAUGGUCGAAUCAGAAUCAGAACUCAUUUUAGAUCCUGCUUUGACUCAAGACGUCGCAUUUUUAGUUGUUGGUGAUCCGCUUGGAGCAACCACACAUACUGACAUAAUAUUGCGAGCAAUAGAGAAGGGUAUCAGUUACAGAGUUAUACACAAUGCUAGUAUCAUGAACGCUGUAGCCAGCACGGGGUUACAGCUCUACAAUUUCGGGGACACUGUCAGCAUUUGCUUUUGGAAGGAGAAUUGGAAGCCUACCAGCUUUGUUGAUAAGAUUAUAAAGAAUUUGCGAAAUGGACUCCAUGUUUUGUGCUUAUUGGAUAUCAGGGUCAAGGAAAUCGACUGGAGCAAAAUGGUGCGGGGCAAUAAAGUUUACGAACCUCCUUCAUACAUGUCGGUUAACACUGCAAUCGAACAAAUCUUGGAGAUAAUCAAAGAUGGGGAUAAUUGUGACAAGGAGUUUCUCAGUGAAGAUACGUUAUGUGUCGGCAUUGCACGAUUGGGCACGGAGGGGCAAGUUAUAAAAUCAGGAACUUUGAAGAGAAUGGCUACAGAAGAUUUUGGGAAGCCACUUCACAGUUUAUGUAUUGUCGGAAAGCUCCACGCGCUAGAAGCUGACAUGCUUAGACAUUUCGCUGUUGACAAGAAUGACAUCCCGGUUAUAUAGUUCGUACUGGAUAUUAAGAGAGAUAUUUGGCUUUUUUGAGUUUUUAUAAUUUAUUUAUCUAAUUUUAACAAC